UUAUACUCCGUACUAUUAUUCCAGAGUUGUGGACAACCAACCGAGUGAGCCAGUUCCCAGUCAUCAUUCUUCCUCCCAUUCUCCGCUUGGCUUCCUCCCCUCCCUCCUCCCCCCCCUUCUUACUCAUCGCCUCUUCCACUCCUCUCCACUCCUCGCCCUUCCCUCUCUCUCCCUCUCUCUCUCUCUCUCUCUCUCUCUCUCUCUGUGUGUUAAUCCCUCCGGUCCAACGUCCUCUCCUCUCCUCUCCUCCCUCCUCUCCUCGCCCCCCGUCUCCUCUCGCCUCGCCUCUUCGUAUCCGGAGUUCCCAACACCAAAUCUCACACUACCACCUUAUACCCUUCCUGGCCACCAGGCUCGGAGAAGCAGUCUGAGAGUUCGAGCGCGUUCUCUUUCUCUUGACUCUUCUUCUUGGGAACCCAGCAGAAUCCUCUACUUAGCCGGGUAGGCAUCAUACCAUACAACCAAGCUGGAUCCUGGUACUCCCGAAGAGAGACAGCCGCCUGGAUAAGCGCAAGCCUUAGCUGGUGUUGCCUGCUUAAGCCAAACCACCAGCCUCAUUUUUUUAUUUUCUUUUCUUUCCCUUCUUCUCGCGUGUGUUAUUGUGUUGGCAACAGAGUGACGAUGUACCCUGCUCUGUCAUAUUCUUUCGAUCCGAUCGCCAGCUCAGCAGAUUCCAAAGUCGCGUAUCUACCCGCUACCACUACUACCACUACUACAACUACUACAACUAAGAUGGCUAUGACUGGUCGCAUCUGAGUCGAUCGGGCCCCUCCGCCCCUGCUGAAGAGUCACGUUGCCCUUGUAUUAAGAGCCGAGUGCACGCCACCCGCCUCGACGUACAGAUCAGCCUGCGCUCUCCACUGCUUGGUACCUGCAUCUCAUCGCCGUCUUCGCAUCCAGUUAUAUACACCGUCUUGCUGUCCUCAUAUAACCUCGCCCCCUACCUGACCUCACCGCGCUCCACCUCCCUUGCACACCUCCAUACACCUACUUCUAUACAUACCUGCAUACCUACAUCCUCCUUUGGAAUCAUCUACUGCUGGUGAUCGGAAUCGCUCCCCAAUACCGAUAAUACAACAUCCUCUCUCCUCUGUCCUGCGACACCCUUUACAUCAUACAUCAACCAACAUUCCUUUACUUCAUCCUUCGCCCCUGAUACCGGCUCACUAAAUCUUCCAACGACUCCUUACCUUUCGGCCCCCCUUCCACCAACCUUCGGAAACAACUUUGCUUUCACCCUGCGUUCUACUAUAGCGUAGAGAGGGCUCCCCGUCUCCUCUCGAAAAAUACCAAAGACGGGAUUAUCCUACCGCAUAUCUUACACGGCUUUUUACUACCCGGUUUAUUUCCCCCCCAAAAAAACUCCCCCGGCUUUUUACCAAAAUCGUCCGUUACGUUGUCGACACAUUUUCGAACGAUAUAUUUAAAAUAAGGUUUCUACCUCUGCUGCUGCUUGUUCGGGAAAAAAAAAAAAAAAAGGAAAAAUCAUAGUACCAGUCUACUAUUUUCCUUCUUCUUUAUAAGCGCAUGCAUUUUUUGCGACCGCUUUAAAUAUACUCUUUCGAAAAUAUGCCUGGAAUGGACGUCUUGGGUUUCAAUCUUGCGAACCCAAGUCUGCAAAAGAAUGUCCCGCGACCUCCACCACACCCGUACGCUUCGUCGAUCGCUUCGUCUGCAUCUUCUUCCUCGUCUUCAGUCUUCUCCCUCGACUCUGCCCAAUACUCCCUCUCCUCGUCGGCUAGUUCUGUCGACGUGAUUUGGGAAAAUGAGGUCCUGGGAAGCGGUGACUCAUCAUCAUCACAACAACAGCAACAGGCAGGAGGAGGAGGUAGAACGUUGAGCUCAUCAAGUGAAUCGAGUUUCCACUGUUUCCGUUCUGGAAGAGGUUGUGGCCCUAAAGUCGCUGACGCUGCAGUUGCACCUGAAUUGCGGCAGAAUCCCCGACGUACCUACAGUAACACUUCAUCAUCAUCGUCUGCCUGUUCGAGGCCCCCACCGACGCUGGUCCGCCAGUGUGAUCGGAAAGUCAAUUUUGUCGACAAUCUCGUCGACUCUGCCUCUCAAAUUGUCGAAACCAUCUGGCCGUUGUCAGUAGUAGCGCUCCGCAAUGAUUCUCCCUUGGGUUCAAGGGGGGUCUUGCCCCUGCGCACUUUCAUCCAGGAAACGCUUCGACGGUCAAGGACCAGCUAUUCGACUUUGCAAGUUGCGCUGUACUAUCUUAUCAUGAUUAAACCUCAUGUGCCUAAACAUGAUUUUACCAUGGAGCAGCCGAGAAAUCACCCCUGCACGCGUGCUAUGCAAUGCGGCAGGCGGAUGUUCCUCUCUGCACUUAUUUUGGCUUCCAAGUAUCUUCAGGAUCGAAACUACUCCGCUCGAGCGUGGAGCAAGAUUUCAGGCUUGAAUACACUAGAGAUAAACCAAAAUGAGCUGGCGUUCCUCGAGGCGGUGGGCUGGAAACUCCACAUCUCGGAGGCCGUCUUCCAGCGUUGGACGGACAUUGUUCUGAAGUACACUCCUAGCGCGGGUGGUUCUCCAAACGGCGAAGGCCUCACUUGGCGGGCCGUUAUCCCCGUCCUCACUCCAGAACUUGACACAGUCGAUCUGGAAGCCGACCGGUAUCGCGGUGUUGUUGAUCAUGUCAUGACUGGCACUAGCAUCACCCCGUCGCCUAGUCCUACGCCAAUCCCGGACAGAUUGUCCAGUGUAUCACCACCACAACCACAACCGACUAAUGACCAGACACCCACGGGACUGAGAAUUGUCUACCCAACUCUUGAGCCAAACCCGUAUGCCCAGCUCCCUUCUCUCCCGAAAUUUGCCUCUCUCCCCACUCCACAGAUGACCCCGCAGACAGGCUCUGUCAACACUCCUGCAGCGAGCGUUGGUGGAUUCCUCUCUCGGAAACCCUCCAUCUGUGCCGCCAUAUCCCAAGCGCGCAGCAUCUGCGCCCAGCGGACAACCUUUGAGGCCCGCCCCAUAUGUACUUAUAGUAAGACCGCCCCUGCCGAGACCUAUCCCAGCAUAGGCCGCCGUUCCUCUCUAGCCCGAUCUGCCUCGUCAACUUCAUCUCCGGAGUCCAUGAUCUCCGACGUGCCCUCCCUGAUAUCAUCAUUAUCGUCCCGCUCAUCCCGCUCAUCACGAUCGUCUUCCAUUUCGUCCGUCGCAUCAGGGACCUGUGCGCCUGCGCAGCCAAGGUUGGCUACGCGGGCGACUCGUCGAUGCGCGAACCUGCAAACUUAUUCCCUUGCUGCUCCCGCAGCGAACGAAAGCCGGAAGAAGAACCCGUCAUUCACGGCGGCAACGAGCGUGCCGACGAUCGACGAAGGGAGCUGGUCAGAGUUCUACGCGUCGCCAGAGUCGUUCUCCACACCCAUUUCUACGGAGUCAAGCAACAUGGGAGACCACCAGCACGUCCCCAGCUUCGCCCUGGACGCGUCUUCCAUCGAUCUAGCCCACGAAGCUGCUCAGGGCCUCUGUGAGCUUUCCGGCGCCCUCCCCCGCUCUUCCUACUUUGCCCCUUCACACCCAAUCCCCUCUCGCACCACCACAGUUUCGACCGCCGACUUCUCUACACCACUGUCUGACAUUUCCGCCCGCACCUCACGCAAACGCACCCGCACCACCUCCAACGACUUCGCCCUGCACACAAACCGCGCAUGCUGUGCGAAGGAGGCGGCGAGGUUUUUGUGGGGUGUUGGGAGUGGUCCUGGGGUUGGGGUUGGAGUUGUGGGGGGUGAGGGUGGGGAGAUUGUGGAUUGAGUGGUUUUUUUUAUGGGGUAGGGGGAGAAGAGGAAGGAAGAUA